AUGGAACUUCCCACCCCUGCUAAGUGCGUCGCAGACUUUUGUCUAAUUCCCAUCGGCACAGCCUCGCCCUCCGUCUCCGCUCAAAUCGCCGAUGUCCAGCGACUAAUCGAAGCCUCAGGCGUAAAAUACACCCUCCACUCCGCCGGCACCACCCUUGCUCGUCCGAUCGCUAAUCAGCCCCGUCAUACAGAAGGCUCCUGGGACCGGGUCCACCAGGUCAUCGGACAGGCGCAUACCCUACUCCACCAACAGGGGAUCGUCCGUAUCCAGACGGAUAUCCGCGUGGGAUCAAGGACGGAUAAGGAGCAGACUGCCGAAGAUAAAGUCAAUAAGGUGCGCCAGCUUCUGAGGAAAGACCAGUGA